CUCUGACUCUGUCUAUAGAGAUUCUUAUAGAAUACGAACUUCUGCGAGAAUUUACCCUUGAAGGCCCCGCCCGCCUCCGACUCAUUUGCACUUCGAAUUCCUGUAAAUAAUAUUUAUUGAUUUAAUUUAAGUUUUCCGAUAAUUUGUACAACCAGAACCAGAACCAAUGUACAUUAUAGUCCACCAAAGGAAUCAUGAAAUUUGAAUUUCAACGUUUCUGGCUUUGAAGUGCAGCUUUCUUUUUGGGAAAUUCGGAACAUUUGGGAACAGAGAAGUCCAGCAACAGCUGACCACUCUGCAUCUGGUAUUCCGAUUCCGCUACUUAUACUUAUUUCGAGCGUUAAUAUUAAGUUCGCACCUGUGAAUAAAGCGCUUUUACUUUUUUUACUUCGGAAAUGUUUACCAACGCAAGUGCGCGGGUGAAACGGAAGCCGCUUCCCCUGGGGGAGCUGACUGAAGUUUUCUGCGCCAUGAAACACCACAUCGACUUCGCAAAGAACGUCACGACCCUCGGCUCGAGGGACGCUCGGCAUGUCGUGACCGCGAAUUUUGGCCAACCCCAGCCGCUAGCAACCCCUGAUGUGGAUGUAGGCCUUUUUGGCAAAGACUGCAAGACCGGCAGCAGAAAGACUGGAAAGACGUCAGUGCAGCCGAACGAGGUGUGGAGGAACAGCAAGAAGAAGAAACCCGGCUCGCCCUCCCUCGUUGGUGCGGCUGUCCCGACGAUGAUAAUCCGCUUGCGUCAUCCUAUUAUCUGGGCUCUAGUUGUUUGCGCCGCUUUUCUUCUCGUACUUGAGGAAAUCCAAGGGAUGCUGUGUGUCGUUGCCGCGACAUCGAUAUCAUGUGCAAAUUAAUGAUGUACUUUCUUAUUUUGGCGAAGGAAUUUGAAAAAUCCGAUGAAUCUUCUGCAUCAGUAGAGCUUUCUCAGAGCGACACGAUUUCCAAAUAGAAUUCCGAAAUCAAUAGAAGCUCGCUUCAAGGACAGGACUCUGUCCCGAACGACGUUCCAAAGCGUGCACAAAGUUGCUUGGAUACAGAUUCAUAAUUGUCAGCUGUAUAGUGCGUCGUUAUUGCGGCGGUCUGUCAUGACUGCGCAUUGCUACGAGAGUUUCGCUCACUGUGCAAAAUUGGAAACGGAAUCGCGGACAGUAACGAUUUUAUACUUCGUUUGCAUGUUGUUGUUGUUGACAUUGACUCCGCCGGGGAUUACAUAGUGCAAAAAUAAUUUGCAUUGCAUACUGCCGAUCGCAGCUGCCUGAUGUCAUGUUGGAUGACCACCUGUCUGGACGGCGUCCUUAUCGCGCGGCCGGUCCCAGUGGGUCUGUUCUGAGAGAACAGAGCGGUACUACAGCUAAAUGUUUACUACGCUAUCAGUCAUGCCUCGUGGUCGUGGUCUUCCUGUACUUGUACUUCGAUUGCUAGUACUAGCGCGCAAACGUGCCGCCGUACUCCCACCGCAUGCUUGCAAGCGUCUGCCCGCCGCUGCGCCUCCUGCUCAAGCACGCGCUGCUACCUGCUGUGCCCAUGAUUCACCAACUGUAAGCCAUUUAAUAUUAUUCGCGCUUAGAAUACGUUUUUGUUUAUGUCAGAAGCUGCACUGUACCAGCUUGAGCUUUCUGGCAACUUCUGUACAUACUCAUACAGGGAACAAAAGCGCGCUACUACAACUCUAUGGAAAUUGAUCAAAACUUCUAUAUCGUGCUUGUAUGUUCCCAGCCGUUUACGCCGAACAAGAACAACGUCGCUUGUCAGAAGACGUGUCGCCUUGGGCCGCGCCACGCUUGUGUUGUUGACAUCAUGGCUCCAUUAGAACUGAAGCAAGAUGAGGGCAAAGUGCACGUAGAUGAAGCAGCUCGCCCCUGCAAAACUUCCUGGAUUAUGAGAAUUGCGAAAUAUAAUUAAAUGUCUGCCCGUUGUCCAGCUGCAAGGGGUGGUCUCAUUGAGCGAUUGACUCUCUAUGCACUUGUUAUAACCCUCUCUUCAUCUUCUACUUCUAGUACGGCUGCACCACUCUGGAGCUGUUGUAGAUGCUGGGUCAUGUGUCGUAGUAGUUGAUUACGUCGCGAUACAUACUUAAUUUUGAUUUGUUGAAAGAUUUCUAUAUUUCCAGUUUUUCUAUAUUCUCUGCAGGUGGAAGCAAGAGUUUUGCCUCUGCUGCAAGUGGGUUCGACUUCCGGCCGCCAGAAAUUCAGGCUGCCUCUAU